AUGAAAUCAUAGAUUGAAAUUUCUAUUAAUUUUAGCAAAUUCAAAAACAUUGAUCUUUUAGCCUCUGGAAUCUAUUAAAUAAGAGUUCACAUUGUACUUAAUCUCAUAAUUAAUAGCCUCAAACUUAACCAUACUAGAUUAUUAAAAUGUCCAUGCCAGAUUAUAAAUAUUCAAGUAAUGAGAUUGGUUAAAAUUUUGUACUCUAUUAAGAGAAUAUUUACGAUAAGUAUUUUUAUUCGCAAGGCUUUUUGGUUCAAUAUGAAAAUGAAGAAUUUCAUUUCAAUAUUGGGUGCUUAUUCAGAUUGUUAGAAACUCAAAAUAUAGAGAUUAUCAUCGAAUUGAUGUUCCUGGAUAAAAAACUUUUAGGAAAUAUUUUUGAUGAAAAUUUUUAGACUUUUGCUUUAAAAAUUAAAUAAUAAAUGCAAAUAGUAUCAAAAGCCACUCUAAUAGUAACGAAUUCACUAAAAUUUAAUUAAACAUAUUAUCCAAUAGAAUUUGAUCCUGAACAUUUUUGUGUAAUUGAAACUUAUAUUCAUACAAUACCAAUUCAAUUUUCAUAUAGCAAGCAAAACUUAUCUAAAAAUCUUUAAAAUGGCUCAAAAAAUGAAUUAUAAGAGUAUCUGAACAAAACAAUUAAUUUGUAAAAGGAAAAUAGAAAAUAAUUAAUAAAAUAACUUUCUCGUUUACAGAAGGAAGAGAAUAUUUAGUUCUUAUUUUAAGAGAAAUAAAUGGAUUUAAAAGAUUAAGUGAUAGAAAAUGAAAUUAUACAAGUAUAUUCUUAUCCAUCAAUAGAGUCUAAAUGAUCUUAAUCAUGAUUUAGUAAUUUUAUGGCACUAACUCUUGGAUGCAAUAUAAGAGCAACAUUAAUAACUUUAAGAUGAAUUGGAAUAAUAAUUCUUAUUUUAGAUGAUCUAAAGAUGGUAAAAUUGUGUUCUUUUAAAUAAAUCUGAAGUUAAAUAAUUAGACUAAGUUCAAUAAUAAGGUAGAUACAACCAUGAGUUUGCAAAACUGAAGAGAAAUUAAUAAAGAUCUUAAAAAAUAGAUGGAAUAAAAUAAAUCGAAUUGCUGCAACCUUUUAAUUUAGACCCAUAUAUAUUUAAAUAUACUUGUAUUAAGAAUGGAUUUUUAUAGAAGCCUUUAAAUUCUUUUGUUCAUUAUGUUGUUCUAGUUCAUGGAUACUAAGGUAAUUCAUAUAACAUGAGAUACUGGAAAUAUAUAUUGGCUCUUCGUUUUAAGGAAAAAAUAAGAUUCAUAUGUCCAACAUAUAAUGAUGACAAUAAACCAAUAUAAGUACAAGCUAAAAUACUUGCUGAUUAUGUUAAUAAUUACAUAAGUGAGGAAAAUAUGAUAAAUUUUAGAUUGUCAUUUAUUGGUCAUUCUCUUGGAGGAGUUGUUAUUAGAGCAGCACUUCCUGAAUUAAGUAAAUUUAACUAAUUUAUGCAUACUUAUAUGAGUCUUGCAUCUCCUCAUUGUGGAUAUGCUUCAUCUCAAAGUUUUUUAGUUGAUGCUGGAUUGAUUUUAUUCUAAACAUGGAAUUCAUCUAAGACACUCGAAGAAUUAAGUUAAAGAGAUCAUAAAGAUGUUAAAAAUACUUAUAUCUAUAAUUUGAGUUAAAUAGAUGGACUUAAUUGGUUCAAUAAUGUUGUUGUCUUUUCUUCAUUUUAAGAUUUUUUUGUGCCUUACAAUUCUGCCUUAAUUUAGAAAAUCGAAAAUUCUAAUGAUCAAAGAGUUUAGGUACACAAUGAAAUUGUUGAGAAUAUUUUAUCUAAGUGUGGUAAAAUUGUUAGAUAUGACAUCAAUUUUUUAUUAAACAAAAAGUAAAUUUAUCUGUUAUAAUAGAAAAUUGGAUUAAUUUAUAGGAAGAGCAGCUCACAUUGAGUUCAUUGACAAUUUAGCAUUCGUAAAAAUGUUUGUUUAUUUGCAGGAUGAAUAUUUUCAUUGA